ACGUGGGUGAUAUUUCUGGAAGGAGCCGUUGCAUUGCUUGACGACCACGAGGCAGAAAUAACCACAAAUCUACACUCAACUUCACGGAAAUCUUCCUAACCUUUUUCCUAAAGAGAAAACAACAAAAGCAGAGAGUAUGGCAGACAGCGACUGGAACACGGCGGCCACUGUUUUGAGGAAGAAAGGCCCCACAGCUGCUCAGGCCAAAUCCAAGCAGGCGAUCGCUUCUGCUCAAAGACGCGGGGAGGACGUGGAGACGACCAAGAAAUGGGCAGCUGGACAGAACAAGCAACACCUUGUGACGAAAAACACAGCCAAGCUGGACAGAGAGACGGAGGAGCUGCACCACCAGCGGGUCCCGCUGGAGGUGGGGAAGGUCAUCCAGCAGGGCAGGCAGGCCAAAGGGCUGACCCAGAAAGACCUGGCCACUAAAGUUAACGAGAAGCCUCAAGUUAUUGCCGACUACGAGUGCGGCAAGGCAAUACCCAACAACGUAGUCAUGGGCAAGAUUGAAAGAGCAAUUGGCAUGAAGUUGCGUGGGAAGGACAUCGGCCUACCUCUCGAGCUGAAAUCCACGGGGAAAUGAAAGCAAAGCCUCGAAAUCAGCCCCCCCCUCGACCAUCCCCUGGGCUGAUCUCACCUGUGUCCUGCCUGAGGACCAGGUGCUCCACUGCAUCACAGGCUGCGUACUAACGACUCAUCUGAAACACUCUUGACCACAUGAGCAUAUUGAAUCCAUUUGUUUGCAUCGUAACGCUGAAGUUCAGCUAAUUGUUUUACCUACAUCUCUCUCGACUUCAGCAUGAUAAAAAGAAAAUGUUUUCCAAGUGAUGGGGAUUGUUCAAAAGGUGAAUUUGUCUUAAUAAAUUUGAGUAUC